AUGAAUGCGCAUCAAAUUAUUACUGGCGCACUAAACAACGGGGAAAAUGUGUAUGCAAUAGGAAACAUCGAAGGGCUCACAUUCACCGUAAGUUUUUGAAUUGUUUUCGGCGAAUGUUCAAUAUUUUCAGGCGUGCGCUGUAGGAUCCGAUGUCGUUAUUUUGGAUUCAGACUUCAAUCGUGUACAAAUCGUUCCCGAAUCAAAGAAUCAUCAACUCGUGAGCAGUUUGAGUUGUUGUCAAGAAACAGGAAAGAUCGCUGUCACCUAUGGGAGUUCUGUCAAAAUAUUGGAAGCGACCAGUUCUGGCACAGAUAAGACGAAGUUGAAAAGCUUGGUUUGUGUUUUAUAGGCAUCACUGUAAAAAAAUGAAUGUUUCUUUAAGAUUUUCCAGUUCAUAUGGGUCGAAACACACUGUUUUUCAAAUGCAGACUCAAUCAGUUCAGUUCUCUGGACAAUGGAAGGGAUGCGCCUUCUUUUUGUGUCCAAAAACAAUAUGACUCUCAACCAACACAGAAGCGUCAGAAGUACCAGCCGCUCUACAUCCAGUGCUCCAGUGACGUUUCGUAUUUCGGAUGAAGUGAGCGUUGCUCGUUUUGGCAAAACACAACACUUUUUGUUCAGGAUAUCUCCGAAGGUCAAGUCUGGGAAGUCAUUUGGAGCGCCGCACUUCCCUUUAAACCAAAGUACAUCCGUUACUCACCAGAUGGAUAUUUUUUGGCCGUUUCUGGAGAGAGAGAUUGCUUUAUAAAAGUAUUUUUCCAGAACGGAACAGGUGAAAUUAAUUGGAAUUAUACUCAAACCUAUGAAAUAUUUUAUUUAGAUAGAAGUGAAUACGAGUUCUCCUCCGUAACACUAAACCAUCCAGCUCCCGUUUGCGGCUUUGAGUGGCGUAAAACUGGAAGAUACAUGCCACGAAAAUGCAUUCACUCUGUUUUGAUUUCAUGGUGUGACGACAACACAUCCAGAAUCUGGAAGGAGUCGCCACUGCCAGAAACUUCCAUCAUCGAUUUGACUGGUGAAGGAGGUGGCGAGCCACUUUGGGAGUUUCAAAAGUCGAAGAAGUUCUUUGGAAAGCACAUUCGAGUGAAAAAGACAAAAACAAAGAUUCUGAACAAGUUGAGAAGUUUGAUGUGAGUUUUCUGAAUUCAGACAUUCAGUUCCAAAUGUUUUCUCUUCAGACCUGAAAAGAAGAGCGACACUGAGAAUAAUGCGAUAGGUAUUCGUGCCCAAAUUGGAAAGAGCCCUUCGUCUUUUGAUAUGCAAGCAAUGACAAUACAAAACCACACUGACAUCCAAUUUCAUUUGGCGGCUACCAUCAACGCUGAGACUGAUUGUCUGCUUGUUCCUUCUUUCAAGAGUCAAAGUCAUCAAAAACCAUUUUGUGUUCACUGGCUGAACAACAAAGAACUCGUGUUUAGUGUUGGAGCUGAAAAAUUGCUAGCAGAAGCUGUUUUGUUGGAUAUUGAAGGUAUCCAAUCUUUUAUUUGCGCCUAGUAUAAAAAAAACAUUAUUUCAGUAUCUUCCGGGCGUAAUUUGGUGAAUGAGGCUCUGGAGAACGGCAAAAACGGUGAGAAAGGGACUACUCGCAAUAACAGUUCUUUUUUUCCACAAGGCGCCAACAGUGUUUGCUCAGUAAGUUGAUUUUUUAAAUUUGGUUCAACGGGAAUAUUACUGUUUGCCUACUUGAUAUUGAAUACAAUGAUUAUUUAUAGGAUGCCGCUUCAUCUAAGGACAUUCUCGACGUGAAGCUUGAAAUUUUGCUCCGACAAUGGACAAAAUCAAGCGACGUUUUGUUCUCUAUACAUCCCAUUGACGGAUCUCUUCUGACGUGGACGGUCGAGUGGCUCGAUGACCAGUAUCGCCAGCCAGUCAUCUCAUACAGUUCUCGUCUGCCAGGUGCCCUGCCAUCAAACGAUUCGAUGUCGUUGCACUCGAAACUCAACACCUUCAACCCGCACGAGCCAGUCUACCUGGAUGCAUUGCGGAAUGAUAUGGAAAACAAGGACAAUGUUGUCUUUUUUGACAAGCUUCUAGAGCGCCGGGUUUCAAACACAAUCCAUGUGCUGACUUCCCAUGACAACGGCACAUUGAAUCUAUGGCAUAUGUCGGUUGAUGAUCAGAGUAGUUUCUCUCACGUCGUCAGCAUGACCCACAUUUCACGAAUGUGUGGACAUCGAUUCCAAAUGCAGCAGAUUGUUGCACAUCCAGUUCUUCCAUUGCUUCUUACUACUUCAAAAUUCCAGUCACCUGACAAAUCGUCGUCCGUGCAUAUGGAUGUUCUUUCCGAAGUGAUUUUAUGGAAAAUUACUCCAGUUGGACCACUUUGUAAGAAAGGAGGUGUCAAAGAGUUGGCACGAAUUGCGAGUUCUUCAAUUUCCGGAUUCUCUAACGUCGGAUGGGUUCCUGCUAUCCUACCGAGUUGCACUCUUGGAACUGUUUGCAAUUCCCCAUCAUCUUGCUUCAUAUCGUGCGACAAGAAUCAACUAGUAAUUUACCAAGCUGUUCUAGACGCUCGUGGUCUUUUGACGGAGCUUUCUAACGCAAAAACUCAAUGUGACGAGUCGAUAGUAACGCCAGAACCGUACGUUACAACAUACAAGUGUUUAUUAUGAACAUACAAGUGCUUAUUAUGGACAUGGUUAACUUUUAGGCACAACAUUCUGCGCGCACCUUCUCCAAAACGCGACUUUUUGACAUCAUUCCUCAAACAGUUCAAUGUAGUGUCCACACAAUCAACAGCGAAACCUGGCUGCGUUUUGGAAGUUGGAAGAAUUGAGGACGUUAAUUUGGUACUCAAAAUGCUCUAUUAUUUUUUUAAAAACACGCUUGGUUUAGGAGAAUUUGGAUUUGCUCUUCAUGCACGUUUUCCAAUCAAACAUUGUUAUCGGGGAUGAUACGGCGCAUGAAGUUCAUCACCUGAGCAGUGUGAUUGAUCGGAGCCAAGCAGUCAUUUUCAACGACGACUUUUUUAUUGUGAUGGUCGAGAGGAAAGAACAAGGAAACAUGUAAGUUUCAUGGUGAAUCGCAUUUUAUUUAUAUAUAUUUUUUCAGAAUACUGAUGUUCGCACUCACAAUCUCUUCACAGCCACCACAGAGCAUCUCCAUUUUCGGUUUGUUUUUAUUGUGUUUCUGAGAAUUCUGAGGGUUUUUUUUACAGAUGAAGAUAAACUAAGAAGCCAACCAGACUCUUCUGCUCCUUCAAUGGCAAAACUGAAAUUCAAUGCCGAACUAGUGUGUCGACAAGUGAUUCCGCUACCUGAAGGCACUCGGAUUACUGGAGUGUCCCCAGCAGCUGGACACUUGCCCUCAUCAUCUCUCUAUCCUGCGUGCAAGACCCCAUACGUCUUGGUCACCUCGGACAAUGAUGAUUCUGUUCGAUUCUGGUGUUGUGGACGUACAAAUGAACCUGGCAAUUCUAACAAGUACGAAUGGCGCGAGUGGAACAUGAUUAGUGAGAAUCAUCCGAGCGAACUUGGCGUUGAAGGUUUUAAUCACUCAGUUGAUCUCAUUUAAACCUCAAUUUAGGUGCGAUUGUACACGUGACAGCAGCUCAUAGUGGCCGAAUAGCAUGUGCUUAUGAAAAAGAAGGAAAUGUGUGCAACCCAGACCAGGAGGUUUCUAUAGAAGUGGCAGUGUUCGAAUGCGAAUCUUCCGGAGGAGUCGAGUGGUUCCGUGAAGACUCUUUUACUAUUCCGCAUAGCCCACAUUUUGAAGUUGGUCACAGGUAUUCGUGCUCUAACGUUUUUUCUCAAUGUAUUAUUAUUUUAGAACGGUUCACAAUGUGGUCUACAAAGAUUCUCAAGAACAUGAACAUCUUACUAUGUUGCAACGACGUUAGCUCGUACAGCUAUUUAUGAAAAUGAACAUCUUAUUUCAGGCAUGAAUGCUCCAAAACUGCCAGUAUUUGGUUCGGAUGUUUCAAGAACAUUGGUGUCAAUUGCUCCGAUUGCGAUAAACAUUAUUUCGAACCAUGUCGGUCGAAUGGUUUGCCUUGAUUGGGUUUCGACUGAGGAUGGUGCUCAUAUGCUUACUGUGGGAAUGGGUACCAGAGUUUACAUUUUUACACAGGUUUGUUGAUAAUCUUGAUAAAACAUUAUGAGUAAGCAAAACUAAAACAACUUCAGAUGAGUCAAGAUCCGGCGCAACAAAACGUUACUUUGAUGCGAGAAAGUGACACAAGUAUGAGAAGGCCUUCGAUUCGGAAAGCUUCGUCUCUCCUGCCCAACGUUCAACCGCACAGUAAACUGACUCGAUGGGUGUGUUGCCGUCUGCUUACCCUUGACAGUGCUGAUGGAUUGCCGCCGAUUCCGUCUGCGUUGAGUUGGGUUCGUGAUGGAAUUCUUAUAAUUGGAAUGCAAAGCGAGAUGCGCGUCUACAAUCAAUGGAACUUUGAGCCUGUGAAAAGAGAAGUUUCCGACAAAAUGGGGAGGCAUGCAGUUCCGUAAGCAACUUUCAAAGUUUUACUAGCUCAUGUUCAAUAUUUCCAGAAAAUUGGGAACAAAUUCACAAAUUGUCAACUUGACACUUUCCACCUCACAUUCGAUGUUGGACCAGUUGACAAAGAAAAAAGAAGCCAUUGUGUCAAGCCGCAGUCGAGUGUUCUUGGAUUUUGUGAAUAGUGUACACAAGUAAGAUUGUCUCAACUCUACGUGUAAAUUUAUUAAAAUUUUUAGAAGUCACUCAAAAGAAAGCGAGCCACAAAUGUUACUGGACAUUUUGAAAAGUGAAGGCGUCUUCGAAGCGGCUCGAAUGUGUUCACCAAUUCUUCCACAGUAUCAUCCGAAGCAGUUGAUUGUGCUUCUGAACGCAGGGAAAACUAGACGAGUCAAAGCGAUUCUCAGUCAUGUCUUGAACUUUUUAAAGCAAAGAAAAGACAUUGUUCACAAUCCCCUCAGCAGGAACGCUUCAAUUCGAAGAAUGCCAUCUGUCGAUCGAGGCCCAGUGUCCCCAGAGUCAAAUGCUGCACUCGCAAAACUGGACGAUGACACCAUGGACUACAAUGAAAUCGAUGAUAUUCCAUUUUUGCCGCUAUACGUUUUGACUGAAGUUGAUGAAAAAACCGGAGAUUCCAAUGACAAGCGCGAAGAGUCGCACAAUGUGGUAAGAAGAAAAUGAACAAAUAAUUGUUUUUAAAGUGUCAUUUUAACAGAACACUAACGAUUAUGACGACUUGUUUGGCAAUGGGUACAACAAAGAGAGUGACAUUGACGAGCUGCUGAAAGAAACUGACUCAACCUACAGCGGCCGAUCCCGUCAUGUAUCGACUGGCAGCGAAACUGCGAAAAUGGAUGAUCAUGUUUCCACCAGUUUCACGUCGAAGGAUUGCCGAAAGCUCACCGAGCUACUCACACACACGCACUUGCCCGGAUUAUCGAGCGUUGAUCAGAUGCACUUAUUAGCAAUUGCAGACACUCUCAGUCAUUUCACCAAUGACAAGAAAGACAAACUAGAUCAAGUUAAUGCAGGUUAGUUGACUUGAACAAAAGUUAGUACUGUUCUGAAAACUAGAAAAUUGUAUUUGCAGCAAUGAAACCAGUUGUCCCGUCCGUUCUUGGGGAUGCCACAGCUGGUGGUUAUGCUACUGCAGCUGCUGGAAUUGAGACGGUUGAUGAGUGUGGCCUUAGGUAUUUGAUGGCAAUGAAACAACACGAAUACCUGCUCGUAUGUCUUCCAAUGAAGCAGAGAAUGGAGUUGAAGAAAAGUGGCCUCUCCGCAGCAAGUAUAAUAUGGGCGCAGCACUCGGAAACUGAGACAGAAUUGUUGAAUGCUGUACCAGGAAUGCAGAAGGCAAAUCCAACAUGGGAUGAAUUACGUGGGCUUGGAGUAGCGUGGUGGCUCAAAAACACGUCAAGUCUGAAAAUUUGCAUUGAGAAGGUUAAGCAAUCAAAAUUCUCCUCACAAACUUAACACAUGUUUACAGCUUGCCAAAGCAGCAUUUCAACAAAACCAAGACCCGAUGGACGCUUCAUUAUUCUAUUUGGCUUUGCGCAAAAAGAACGUGUUGACCCAUCUUUUUAAGACCAUCCGCAAUCAAACGAUGUCCGACUUCUUCAUGAACGAUUUUAAUGAUGCUCACUGGAAGAAGGUUGCUGCAAAGAAUGCGUUUGUUUUAAUGUCGAAACAAAGGUUUCAACAUGCUGCCGCGUUUUUUCUAUUGAGUGGAAGCUUGAAAGACGCUGUUCAAACUAUCAUCACAAAAUGCAAUGAUCUGCAGUUGGCAUUGGUUGUUGUGCGUUUGUAUGAAACAGAUUUGGAGGGACAGCAAGCGACGAUUAAUGAGCUUCUUUGCAGGUCAGACUUCGCUUUUGUAAAAAAUUUCAAUCUUUUUUCUGUUGCAGAGAAGUCCUGGGUUUGUCCUAUGAUGAGUUUGAGGCACAAAAAGGGAGAACCGACGAUGAUACGGUUCUGAGCAUACAUGCCUCUAAAGAACCAUUCGAGAGAUCAAUGGCGUUUUGGAUGAUGAAAGACUACACACGUGCCGCCUACACACUGGUCGAGGAAGCACAGUCGGAUCGUCAACAGUCAUGCUUGUCGGAUAUUUUCAAUUUCUACUCAUACCUCCGAAAACAUCCACUCGUCAUCAGACAACGUUUGAGUAAAGCUGGGGCUCUUGUUGGUUCCACGGAAAAGUUCCUGGCUCUUGGUGAACAAUUGGAAAGCAUCCUCACACCUCCCGAGCGUCGUCUCUUCUUCCGUACAUCGGCAGAGCACAUGGCUCGUGGAUGUCCAAUGCUCUCGCUUGAUGUGCUCACAAUGCUACCGAAACGGAUUAGUAUUGUGCAAGAUUUUGAGGAAGCCUUAAAAUCUUUGUUGAAUGAGUAUUCGGUGGUUUUGAAUGUUGCUGCACUUCCCGACAAAACUGUUCAUGUUGAUUGGAGCCAACCAACAUUCUCGGAUGAGCCAGAUGACUUGAAAUUGGAAUGGAGUGACGAUGAAAAGGAUGAAGAGGGCGACAAUUUAGAUGAGCAUCCGGUGAACAGUGAAGAGAAGCAGGAAAAGCAAGAAGUUUCUCAUGGACCUGUUAACAGAAAAAAUAGCUGUGUGUUUUCAGAGGGAUGAUUUGCUGCCAACAAAACUUGUCGGUUCAAGUGAUAUAUUUGCCCAACACAUGAAAUUCGUUGCUUCACUUCGAAUCCUCACCGAGGAGCUGUCGACAUUAGCCAGCGGGUUUGAAGUUGAUGGCGGUCAGCUCAGAUAUCAGGUUGAUUCAUUUAAGAAUAUAAUAAAAAUUUCAAUAUUUUUUCAGUUGAUGAACUGGCUUAAGAAAGAAGUUGAUGUGCUUAGUAAAAACUGUGAUUAUACAGUGGACAAAGUGGAUGACGUUAGUGAACAAUUGGACAAGUUUGUUUCUUAGACCAUUUCAUUAUAUUAGCUAUCAAAAAUUUAGUUUUCAUGACGAGAAUGCAGAAAACAUCCAAGAGGAAACCGAUUCUGUUCUAGUCGAGAAGAAAUGGUUGGUUGCGAACCAAAAACUCCUGCGUUCCUUCACAUCCUACUGUACGCUUCAUUGUGCUCACAACCACAACUUGGCCUCAGUUCUCAUGGAACUCCUCCUCCUUUUACUAAACGUGCAACGACAAUCUGGAAUUGAAAAUAACUCGAGUACUACAUUUGAGCGGUUUUCUAAAAAUAAUAACAAGUUGUUUUUACAGGAUCGGUGAAUACUGAAUCAGUUUCUUUUCCACUCCUAGACGCCGCAGUGUCGUCAUCCAAGAUGUUUGUAUCAUCGCCACUUGCAUUCCUCGAGAAUCAAUGUUUUGACUUGUUGACUGCUAUUAACACUUUCAACGUUGUGCCAAACAUAACUGGAGAUUUACAAAAGUGCUACAUGCUGUACAACUUGUGUCAGGGGUUUUCGUGUUGUAUUUAUCAGUCUCUUUGCGAUGUUCAACAAGGCUUCGCGUCGACGCUAGUAAUCAAUUACAAACAAGGGUAAACACUGUUUUUUUUUUAAAUUUUUCACUCUGUGUUUUAAUUCAGAAAAACGGGAGAAAACCGUGUUACCACUCCACCUGUGAAGUGGCCAGGAGUUGAUUCACUGGUUGCCUUGUUGGGUCGAGAACGCAAUGAGGAUGCACCGGAACUGCGAAUGCUUUUGAUUGAAUCUUUUCUCGCCAUCACAAUGUCACUGUUCUGUUUUGCAAUCUCUGCCUACGAUUCUCGAUGGCUGUUCCGACUCAGUGCACACGAAAUUGACCCGCACAAGUUUGGAUUGAUAUUUGGGGGAGGUGGUGAUUUGAAGACGGCAGCCAAACCACCAGUCAGGCCGCCAAGUGAGUCACUUCAUACUACCUUUGUUACAAAACAGUGAUAUACAAUACGUGCAAAAUAGGGACGUUUAAAGAAAUUUACUUUUCUUUUUUCAGAACCAUCAAUUCAAAGCAGCAGAAAAGAAAGUGACAACGUAUCAGACGGAAGUGAGCUGCGUGCUCGUCUCAAUUUGCGUAUUCUUGGCAAUGCACAUGGCGGCUCAAAAGACAGUUUUCGACAAGAUGUGACCACUCUCCGAUGGGUGCCUCCACAGAAAAAUAUUGUUCAAUUGUAUGCUGAAAAAGUAAGAAAAUGUUGGAAAUAGCUCAAACUUUUUUCCAUUUGCAGCCUAGCAUAAUUCAUCAGAGCGAAGAGGAAGAGGGGUAUGAAUCGGAUGAAGAAGAAACAGAUAGUCACUUUUUACCUGAUGAUGAUGAGGAUGAAACGUAAGUCCGCGUUGUUUAUAAGUUUUUUUUCAGAAAAAGUACAUUAUUUUUAGAGCCUUGACAUGCGAGAAUGCUGCUCCGUCAAGCUUUGCGUGGCAACUAAUGCGAUUGGCUCUCAUCCAGCAGCAACUUCAUCGAGUUAACCAGUUUUUGGUUCUAGUUGGAUUUGAUCCGCAAGGUAAAAAAUGUGUUAAUGUAUUUGCGCCAGAAAACAAUGCUGUUUUUUUAUCUGAAGUUUUGUUCAACUUAAUGGAAUCAAAGACAUCCGAUUCAGCUAUUUACAUGCUAUUUACAGAUAUUCCGUCCGUAGCCCCACGAAUAGAAUCGAUUAUUCAACGCCUCAAUUCAUGGAUUGCACAACAACAACAGAUUCUGAAAACCUUCCCGGGCGGUAUUCCGGACGAUAUUCUGCCUGACAACACAAUUGACACAAGUGAACAGCAUCUGGCUGCUUCUAUGAAGUAUGUCUGGAAAACUAAGAUCAAUAAGUUUAAAGAUGAAUAUUUCAGAAAAUACGCAGUUCUUGUGAAAAAAAACAAUACACCUUUCGAGUCGGACGAUAAAAAGAUUCAAUCGAUUCAGCGCCUGUGGUCGUUCUUAGUCCGUGAAGACCAUUUACAAGAGAUUUUUGUCAAGUAUAUUUUUUCUCAAGCGAGUGCAAUGGUAAUUACUCUAAAUGAACCGAACUUCAACUACACUGCAAAAAUUACAGGAACACUCACCAGAAAAUGUCGACAUGAUCAUGGGAAUAGAGAAUAAUAUCAAUUUGCCAGAUGCGUUUAAAAUAAUGCAGAAGGACAAUGAGCCGAUUGUUGCAUUUGCUUGCAAUCAAGAAAUUCCUGGAUAUAUAGUUGUUUCUAAUGGACGCGAGUUGCAAGAAAUGGAUAUGUCGGAUGUGUUCAAGGACCAAUACGAUGAGACUUCGUGGAUGUGGAACCGAGCUGAACUUGAUGUAAGAUUUUAAUGCAUCAAGCACUAUUAUAAUAUAUUAAAAUGUGGCAUUCAGAUGAAGAACAUCCACUCAAAACGGGAUGCUUUACGCGACAAUGAUGACUACCAGAUAUUCACGAAUUCACUGAAAAGUGGCAAUAUAAAACAUACUACCGUGGUAAAUAUUUGAUACUAUAACAUUAAAAGAAUUAAUUUUGUGAAACAAGCAUGUAAUUAAAGGACCAGGGAACCCAAAAAUUUUUUGUUGUUUUUGUGAAAUGUUUUUGUGACUGUUUGAAUUGUCUCUUAUUGCCUCAUACACUGGUGAAAUGCUGCCUCUCAAAAAUGCCAAUAAACGAAACGGCUUGCAGUUGAAGUUGUGGCCGUGGUCUAGCGCCAAUGGCCGAAAAAUAUAUAAAAAUAAAUGCGCUUCUCGGCCAUUUUAUUUUUUCCGCUUUUUUACCGGUUUCUUUCCAAAAAUUCACGGUUUCUCCCAUUUUUCAGUUGAUUGACAUUUGUUCGGCACUUACUUAUUUUUUCACUGCUAAAAAAUUGUUUUCAUUCAGUCGAUAUGAAGUGCCAAAAUGGGAGAAACCGUGAAUUUUUUUGGAAAAAAACCGGUAAAAAGCGGAAAAAAAUAAAAUGGCCGAGAAGCGCAUAUAUUUUUUUAUAUUUUUUUCGGCCAUUGGCGCUAGGCCACGGCCACAACUUCAACUGCAUGCCGUUUCGUUCAUUGGCAUUUUUGAGAGGCAGCAUUUCACUAAUGUAUGAGGCAAUAAGAGACAAUUCAAACAGUCACAAAAAAAUUUCACAAAUUUAUCAAAAAAUUUUUGGGUUCCCUGGUCCUUUAAACAUUUUGCAAAUUUUUAUCAUCUAAAAAUUCUUUUAUUUAAAAACAGCUGACUCCCUGGAUAAUAGAUCGGAGUAGAAAAGGCUUAAAAAAGGUAUAGUGCAGAAAUGUUGUGCUUGUGAUGUAACUUUGUAAAUUUUUUUGACAUUCUGCAAUAUUCAAAUUUACCCCGAUUAGAAAUAUUGCUGUACAGAUCACAAAGCGGAAUGCUGCAGGAGUUCGGCGCAUCGACUCGCAUCCUUAUGCACCAUUUUGUUAGUUCAUAAAACGAAUUAAUAUUAUAUUGGGGUUAUUUUUUUCAGAUGUCACCGGCUCCUCGGACGGCUCUAUCCGCGUUUGGAAAUGGGGAACCAAGGAUACCGUGUACACCGCUAGAGUAGCAGGUCAACAUGCAAAAGUGACGAAAAUCGCAUUCUCGUGCAACGGAAAUAAGUUUGCGGCUGUCGAUGGGGACGGAAUGCUUUGCCUGUGGCAAGCCAGUCAGUCGACCGAGCAGAAGAAGCCUUUCUUCGUGAGUUCUUUUUCUACUGUUUUUUUGUUGUCAUUUUCAUUUGGUUGUUUUCAGAGCCAACGUUGUCACAACAAAUCGGCUACAGAUGUCAGAUUCCUCGGACACUCUUCUUCUGUUCUUUUAACGGCUGGACUCUCUUCGCUCGAUUUCAAUUUGGGACUAUGGGAUACUCUUCUGCCAACCAACCGCGCACUGGUUCAUUCUUGGGCUGCUCAUCCGGAAGGUGCCACGUGUGCACUGUACAUUCCAAGUCAACAGGUGAAAUUAAUACUGUAGAUACGUUUUAACAUUUACUUGCAGACUAUAUUUUCCGGAGGUCGACAUGGAGAAAUUUGUCUUUGGGACAUUCGCCAAAGACAAUUGAGGCAGACGAUCAAAGCAUUUGAUCAGAUGCAUACUGUCAAAACUCUUGUGGCUGAUCUUUCGCAAGACCUUAUUGUAUCUGGAUCUAGUGAAGGAGAUAUAAAAGUACUAUAAAACUUAAAAAAGGACUUGAGUAAGAAUAAAGUUUGUAGAUAUGGUCUGCUGAUUCGAACCCGCAGUUGAUGUACUCGUUGCCAGGAGAGCAUGCAGCCAAAGGAGGAUUCUCAUUCCGUCAAGGUUAGUGACAGAACAUUUCCAAGCCCGCAUAACAAGUUUCAGUAGGACAAUCAGUUCAAGGAGUCCAGCAACUGUUUGUCGAUCAGAACAUGCGUCUUUUCUCUUGCGGAGCCGAUUCGUCGCUCAAGUUCAGAACACUGCCAUCAGUUUUCAACAUGACAAAUAUAUUAUAA